AUGACAAUUUUGUGUGCACCAAUGAUAAGUGCAGUACUUUUUGAAGGUAUUGUUGGAGGUGUUUUUCUUGUAAGUGGCUAUUAUUUUGCGCCAAAAAUUUAUUGUCAUUUAACUGAAUGCUGUGCUGAAUACUGUAAGAACAAGUGGAUUAAACUCAACAUGACGGGUUUACAGUCAGCCCUUCGGAGGCGUGUUCUUGGUCAACACUUGAUCGCUGAGACCGUUUUAAAGGCUCUUGUUGGACAUUUGAACAAUGAGUCGCCUGAUAAAGCGUUAGCCCUUUCCUUCAAUGGCUGGACAGGAUCAAGAUCAUAG